CUCGCACGGACCUGCCAACUGGGUUUUAAAAAAUCGCCUUUUUCGGUAGCAAAAACUUGUAGAAAAUUGUAAAUUCGCUGGUGUGUUGUAUAUCCAUGUGAAGCAGAGAUAAGCUAGAAACUCUACUUUUCCCGUCGCCCACGCCACGUCGCAAAGUCGCGCACCGCCAGAACAAACGAAAAGCAGGCCCCAGAGACCGAAAGAAUCGCGGAAAAUGAGCUCCUCAAAUGCGGGACAGCGCACGAAGCUGAUCCAGGAGAAAUGCCAAACGCUGCUCACCCAGAUGCUCCGCGACGAGGACAACAAAUACUGCGUGGACUGCGAUGCCAAGGGUCCCCGCUGGGCCUCCUGGAAUUUGGGCAUGUUCCUGUGCAUCCGCUGCGCCGGCAUCCAUCGCAACCUGGGCGUGCACAUAUCGCGCGUCAAGUCGGUGAACCUGGACACCUGGACGCCGGAGCAGGUGAUCUCCCUGCAGCAAAUGGGCAAUUCCCGGGCACGCGCCGUCUACGAAGCGCAGCUGCCGGACGGAUUCCGCCGGCCGCAGACGGACACUGCGCUGGAGAACUUCAUCCGAGCCAAGUACGAGCACAAGAAGUACUUGGCCCGCGAAUGGGUGCCGCCCUCGCCGCCCAAAGUCGACUGGGCCAAGGAGAUUGACGAGGAGCUGGAGCGGCAGAAGCGCAAGAAGAAGUCUACCCAGGCGCAGGCCUCCUUGGGCCUCGUGGGAAUCUCCAGUGGCGGUGAGAAGCGUUUGUCUGGAGCCACUGGAUCGUCGUCGGCUUUGAAGAACGCCCCCCUGCCCGCACCGCUGCCCAAGCCGAAACCCAACCAGGUCGGCGGCUGCAGCCCCAAGACGACGCAGCGCGUCCAGCUGAACAGCAGCGGCGGCGGCGAAAGCGACCUCUUGGGCCUGUCCUCGCCCACCAAACCCCUGGCGGCGACCAGUGCCAGCCAAGACCUGCAUAACGAGAGUUUCACCAGCUUUCUCAGCGCCGAACAGCCGGAUAAGCCGAACAACGGCAGCAACGGUGACGUCGCCAAUUUGAUGGCCGCGAAGCCCAAUUCGUUGGCCCAGGAGGAGCAGGACUUCUUCAACCAGGGAUCUCUGGGAGCCGCCGCCGCCGGCAGCAGCGAGAAGGAUCAGUCCGGCAAGAUGUCCAAGGACAGCAUCCUAGCUCUUUACGGCAAUGCGCCAGCGGCCCACAAUCCUCAGAUGAACUUUGGCGGCUUCACUGGCAUGGCCCCCGGUGGCUACAUGCAUCAGCAGCAGCAACAGCAGAUACCCCACCAGUUUAUGACGCCCCCGAAUUCGGUGAGCAUGUACAAUUCCCCGGUGAUGGCUGCCCCAAAUGCGUUCAGCAACGCACCAAUCAGCAGUGCCACCGCCAUGAGCAUGGGUGGCUCCCAUGGCUUCGCUGGAGCCCAGUUUCCUAGCCAGGGAGUUGCGACGAAUCUUAUGCAGACCAACCAGAGCAUUCUCAGCGGGAUGCCGCUGUUUGGAGCGGUGCAACAGCAGCAGCAGCACCCACAGCUUGGCGGCCUGUCCAUGAACCUAAUGCAGCCCCUGCCCAGUGGAAUGAACCUGGGCAGCCAGCCACAGGGAUCGGGCGGAUCCUCAGUCCCAUCAAAUCUGAACCAACAAUUUGGAAACCUUAAUAUCGGUAAUGUCUGGCAAUAAAUACAGCGUGUGUAUUUAUGUAGUUGUAUUCCUUUAAUUAAUUUUAAGACACGAGUGUUCGUCGAUGGCGCUUGUUUAUAUGCAUUCGAUUUGUACAACAACUUGCCAAUUUAGUUAGUUGUCCUGAGAGCAAAACGGAGCAAAACUAUACGUAUUUAUAGAAGAAUUCAAUGGCAAGCAAGCAGCCACUGUAUCUAAACGAUGUUCAUGUCCACCAAGAAUCGCUCGUCUGCUCGUUCAAAUCUAUUCCAAUUAUACCAUAAAUACAUACUACACGUGUAACACCCAACUAAUUAAAAUUGAACUACGAAACUUAAUGCACUUCCCAAUCAAAUGUACAUGUUAUUUUGAAACAUUAGCUAGGUAUUUGAUACGCAUGCAUAAACAAAUCGUCCACGCCAGGGUGUGAGUGCAAAGAAUGGAGUUCUGGCAAUGUACUUUUUAAAUGCUUGAUAUCCCUAAGAACGUACACACGCCUGUUUGUCAAUGAGAGUCUUAAAUAUCAUGGCUGGGUAGUCGACGGAUUUAAUGUAUUCGAUUUUUAAGUUGCUAUGUCUAAGGAAUAAAUCAAACCACUUCGAACUGUGUAAUAAUAAAAUAUUCAGACCAUUGUAA